GAUGAUAUAGCAAAAUUAAAAACUGAGUUGCAAUAUCCAAUCAUCUUUGAACGAAUUAAGGCUACAAUUCUUGAGCUUGAGGCAAGGAAUGCAAAAAUAAGACCAAUUAUAGAUGAAUUUACAAGCAAAUCAGAAUCUAAAAAAAAUCGCAAAUUCCAGACUAAAUGCAUUCAAAUAGCUGAGGAAAUUCUUAAAGAAAAACCAAUAAUUGAGUAUCGUCCUCCCUUCCUGAAUGAAUUGGAACUUGAUGCCUUUUUUCAAAAAUAUCAAAUUGCAUUGGAGGUCCAAGGAGGUCAGCACCGAUUUCAUAAUACUGGCUGGUAUAAAGAUGUCAAAAAGCUCGAGGAUAUAAUUAAUCGUGAUCGGAAAAAAAGAUGUAUAUGUCAAGAUAAUGGAAUUUUCCUACUUGAAGUAUG